AUGCCGAAGUCGAAGAACAAUCGGAGGAAAGAAGCGGCGCUUCAUAUGAGCCAGAAUUUGAAGGUGAAGUACCCACUACCUUUAAAUGGAAAUGACCAAGCUGCUGAUAUCGCUGCGGUAAAGAUCAAGAGGCUCUCAGUUCCACGUUGGGUGAAGAAUGGGACUGAUGUCCCCAUCACUUUAGACUGCGAAUAUUCUUAUACCCAUAAUGACCUGCGCCUGGUGGUCAAAUGGUAUUAUAACCACCAGGUAAAGCCCGUUUACCAGUGGAUUCCAGUGCUUGGUAAUCGCUAUGUGUCCGGUUUCCUCCAAGGUCGAUUAGAUGACACGUUUGUUGCUGACCCUGUGGAUUCUCUCUCUCGGUACCGGGCUCUAAGAAUCAUCAACCCUACAACUGACAUGACCGGAACGUAUACGUGUGUCGUAAGUUCGUUAGUCAAUCAGGAUUCUCGUGAGCAAGAGAUGGUUGUUUAUGCUCCAGCCAAUACCAUUUUGGUGAAUCACAGCCUGACCUCGCCAAAAGAGCUGGAAGUAUCUUGUUCAGCAAAAGGCCUCUUUCCUAGACCACAGAUUGGGUUAUUCUUGUCCGAACCAGGCAAUACUGUUCCUCGAUUUGUCAGCGGGGUUUUAAUCGAUACAAUUUCUCACGAAGAAGUUUUUGAUAUUGAGUUGAGAAAGACAUUCUGCAUAAAAGAGCUGUCAACGACUGAAGCCACAAUUUUUGAAUGUUUCAUAGAAAUUCCUGGGACAGAUUAUGUUCGAGUCGAAAGAAAACCAUAUUUUCCAGAGCCAGUGAAAAUGGAACAAGGUGAUCGACAUGGAACCUCAAAUGGAUGGAAAACUUCAAUACAGGUUCUUAUAUUUACGAGUACGAUGGUUAUUAGCUUGUGGUAAGGAAGCUUUCAGGAUAGCUAUUGUUCUACCUAAAAAUCCUCGAGAGAACGAGUCUUCCCAGAAGAAAUUCUCUUGAUAAAUUGUCGUCUAGAAUAAACUGUUUAAGGAUGUAGACAAUCAUCUUGACGAAUAUAUUCGCGUACUCAUUGAAGUGUCGUUUCUCUGCCGAAGAAUCAGACCCAAGGAUGAAGUCAUUAGUCAACACUAACGAGCCUUCUAAGAGAGUUACCAAACAUGUAUCGUUCUGAUCUUCUCUGGGCUGUAUACAUUUUUUAUGUU